AAUGUUGGAAAGUCCUUAUUCCAAGAUGCUAUUGUGGGUGCCCUGCGAAAUCGUGGUGUUACCAUCAUUCUGGUCAUGCAUGCGAUCCAUUUCUUCUCUCAAGUAGAUUACAUCUAUACCCUGAACAAUGGCAUUAUCAUGGAGAGUGGGACUUAUGAGGAUCUUGUCUCUCGCAGUGAUGAUUUUGCACGUUUUGACCUAGAGUUCGGUGGCCAUGCCUCAGAGGGGGAAGAUGAAACCCAGGAAGAGGAUGUCAUUCCGCAGACACGCAUUACCAUUGAGGAUGUGAAGUUGAAGUCAAAAAGAGCCAAGAAGCAGGCUACUGGCAAUGGUAAACUUGAAGGUCGCUUGAUUGUCAAAGAGAAGCGGUCGACAGGCUCUGCACAGAAAGUGUACUGGACCUACCUUGUUGCGGGCCGUGGUUCAAUAACAGGUCCCUUACUUCUUCUUCUCAUCAUGCUUGCGAUGCAGGGGUGCCUGAUCUUGAACUCAUACAUGCUAGUUUGGUGGGAGACCAAAAAAUUCAACCAACCAAACUCGUUCUAUCAGACGCUGUACGGCUGCCUAGGGGCUGGUCAAGUGAUCUUCACAUUCUUGCUUGGUGCUAGAAUGGAUUUCAUGUCCUAUUAUGUGUCUCAAAGCCUGCACCACAAGUCUGUACGCAACAUCAUUCAUGCAUCCAUGUCCUUUUUCAACACUACACUUAUGGGCCGAAUCCUGAGUAUUUUUGGAAAAGAUAUUGACAGUAUUGACAAUCAACUGCCAUUUAUCAUUACGCUGUCCAGCGUGAUGGGUUCUAUCAUCAUCAUUUCUGUCCUUGAACCGUACUUUGUUAUUGCUAUGUUUUUCAUUGUUCUCAGUUACAGCUACUUUACUGCCUUUUAUCGAGCUGGUGCUCGCCAAGUCAAACAUCUGGACUCAAUGCUUCGCUCUCUUCUGUAUGCCCACUUUUCAGAGACCUUGACAGGACUUCCCAAGCUGCUUGGUGCCACCUCAUUUCAGCACCACUUCGAAACAGUCAUUGAUGGCAUCGGGAGCAAGCAAGCUCCCACCAAUUACUACGACCUUGACAGUACUAUUGAGAGCGAGAGAGCGAAUCUCAGCGUUGGGGAAAGAUCCCUGCUCAGUCUGGCCCACGCAUUGGUGAAAGACUACAGAGUCAUUGUGCUUGAUGAAGCCACAUUAGUCAUGUGCUCUUACAAGCUGGACGUGUUACUAACGAACUCAAAAUUAUUCCUAGAUGUCUCGAUUCCAUGCUUCUACCUCCCGCCGUGCACAAUCCUCACAAUACUUUGUUAUUUAUCAUCCUCUCCCAUUGUCUCCUUGCCUAUCGCCUCCUCACCUAUCACCCCCUCGCCUUCCACAUCUUCCCCCUCCCUCAUCCUCACACUAGAUCGCGCACAUCGAGUUAAUAAAAAUUAA